ACGGCAAAAAAGUGAGCCUUUUCUCAGCCAAGCUUGCAAGGUCGCUUUUUUGCAUUGCUGUUCGUGAAGGAAGUAACUUCUUUCUCAUUCCUCCAUCCGUUUUUAGUCAGGCUCCACACGUGAUAGAAUAUGUCUGAGAAGAGGCCAAGCGGAGCUGAUGCGGAUACGGAUUAUCCCGCCGCAAAGCGAGAAAGACUCGAGUCGGGUGCGAGUCGAUUUGGUGGAGCCGAGAUUUCUCUACGAUGUCUUAUCCCAGCUGAGGACGCCGGAGCCGUUAUAGGCAAGGGCGGCAGUGUGAUCAAGCACAUGAGAACGUUAGCCUCAAGUGUUCUCCUACCAGACUCCAAUGGGGCCCCCGACCGCGUUCUGACCGUUAUCGCCCCGUCCAACGAGCAGAUUCUGGACGUGCUGAAGUGUGUUCUUCCUCAGCUUGGACAGUCUGCUCGGGCUGAUCCCAAUAUGUCAGCUACGUUCCGGCCAACUCUUCGUGUGCUGCUCAUUCAAGAUCAAGUUGGAGGCAUCAUUGGCCGGGGUGGUGAACGCAUCAAUCAGCUUCGGCAGUCAACAAACACAACAAUUAAAGUGAACCCCGACCCGAUGCCCAACUCCACAGAGCGCCUGGCAGCCGUCACCGGUCAGGAUGAGGACAUUAUACAUUGUAUAACACGGAUCAUGGAAUUCAUUGCCGAGAACCCAUCGAACCAGGCUCAUCCGCUGCUAUUCGACCCAGCCGUGUCGUAUCAAGACCAGGGUUGGACUGGCCGAGGUGGCCGCGGUGGCAGUCGAGGAGGUAGAGGAGGCCGUGGCGGCGGUGGUGCAGGCAGAGGCGUUGGCAUUGGCCGUGGUGGCAGUUCCAUGGGUCGCGGUGGCGCUGGCGCUGCACGGCCUACGUUCACUCCCGCUCAAGCCUUCUCACCUCUUGGUGGAACCGCACCUGCUCCUACUGCAGGCGCCCCGUGGCAAACUGGACCGGUCAAUCCUCUGCCUGGAGCUCCGUACGGCGCGCCUCAGCAAGUGGCCGGAAUGGACCAUACGAUAGUCACGGAACAGGUCACCAUUCCAGAUCAGCUAGCUGGAGCUAUCAUUGGACCGAGAGGAAGCCGAGUUUUGAAAGUCAGGGAACAAAGUCAGUGCCAGAUCAAGAUUGAAGAGGCUAAGCCUGAUCGUAGUGAUCGUGUCAUCACCAUUGUCGGUACCCAUCCUAACGUACAGUAUGCGCAGGAACUGCUGCAGGAGAAUGUACGUAACUACUCCAACUACGGUGGUGCCCCCCAAUGAUCCCAUGGCCUCGACAAGCAUCAGAAUCAUCCCAACCAUCAUCAUCAUCAUCAGCAGCAGCAUCAUGCCAGGAUACUGCCAGCUGUACCAGCGUUACUGCUGCUUGUGCUCCUGCUGCCAGUAUCCAUCUUCUUUGCUCUAUGGACAGCAGUCAGUGGCUUUUCCUCUUCCCAGCUGUGUUCAACGUUGUCUUGAAUCCGGGAUUUGUUGUGUGCUGUGUGCAUGUGCCUGAUUCGUCAUCUUCAGCAUUGUUGUGUGUCUCUGCCUCUAGUGUAGGUCAGCAGCCUACGUGUGUUUGGUGCCAUUGGCUGCUUCGAGUGGCCCCUCUGGACAUGCCUGUGCUUGACUGAUAUGAUGUACAUGUAGUUGACUCAAUUCACUGCACGGUGCUCUCUCCUUGCAUCGUUCAGGCUUUUACGACUUAUCGUCCUUAGUCAGUCCUCGUGUGCUCUCUCUCUCUCUCUCUCUCUCUCUCUCUCUCUCUCUCUCUCUCUCUCUCUCUCUCUCUCUCUCUCUCUCGGCUAUUGUGCCACGAUGUGCUGGUGCUGCGUGAACCCACUCUCUGAUUAGGUGUGCGUGUGUGUGUGUGUGUAAGUGUGUGUGUGUGUGUGUGUGUGUGUGUGUUAGUGUGUGCGUGUGUGCUGCACAUAACCAUGGUCUUGUUUGUCAUUGUUCAGUUUUAGUAUGUACAGAGAAAUUACUCAUUGUUCCUGAUUGUGUUCUUUUCUUUUCUGCCAUGUGCCGAUUUACAAAUAUCUAGUAGCAUGCUCACUGGGUGUUGUUUUCCAAUCUUUGCCGAAUUUGGCGUGCUUAUCUGUCACAUGUGCUCAUCUCUGUGUGAUGCUUACAAGUGCAAGUUCAAUUAAUUUAGUGUGACCAGUUAAAUGUAGUUAGUACUAGUUA